CUGUGGUAUUCCGGCUGUCCCAAGUAUGAGCAAUACCAUUACGCUUCACAGUUUAUUUAUUCUAAGGCAGAGAAAGGAAAGCGAGUCGAACUACCUCAAAAUUCUAAACCUUUCAAUGUUGUCUCACCUAGUGGUGAGCGUAUCCCUGUCGUUGUUAAACAGCAGCAAGGAGGAGGCGCUGUGGCAAGAGACGAUCCUCUUCGCGAUACUGUUGAAUGGGAAUCUCCCGUCAUUUUGAAUCCUAACGAAUUCGAGCAGAUCGCAGAGAAAAACUCUAGCAACGCUACCACAGUUUGGCAAAGCAUCGAUCCGCUUGCCGGCAAUGAUAAAGAACAAGCAAAUGCGUCGCCAAAAAAGAACGAAACUCUUAAAGACGAACCCAUUGAAGGACUAUCGUCUGGGAAACGUGAAAAGGACACACCUGUGGUACCGAGCGAUAGCGUGUUUUCAAACGCCCUUUCACAGUAUGGCGCCUUUACUGACACACGAGGAAUUCUGCAUAGACCUCGCAGUAGAUCACCUUUCACGAAACCAGGCUAG